AUGGAACUUGGAAAACAAUUAAAUACAGAAUGUAUUAUUGAAAAAGAAAUAAUGGAACAUAACCUUACAGAAGAAAGCGUUACAUUGAAAGAAAAUGUCUCAAAUAAUUUAAAUGAAAAAUGUGAAAAGAAUGAAGAAAAAUCAUCACCGAAGAAAUAUUUAAUGUGUGAAUUUUGUGGUAAAAAAUUUGAUCGUAAAUCGCUUUUAAUUCGACAUAAACGAACACAUACGGGCGAAAAACCAUUUACAUGUGAAAUUUGUGAGAAAAAAUAUACAAAUGAAGAUACUUUACAAAGUAAUUUAAAUACACAUCAACGUGCACAUAACGAAGUGAAACCAUAUUCGUGUGAAAUUUGUGAACAAAAAUUUAGUACACUUAGAGGUGUAACUCAGCAUAAACAGGUUCAUAUCAAAGAAAAUCCAUUUUCUUGUGAUAUUUGUUAUCAAAAUUUUAGUUCACUUCAAGAUUUAACUCAGCAUAAAGACACGCAUAAUGAAGAAACAUCGUUUUCGUGUGAAAUUUGUAAUCAAGAAUUUAAUUCAAGGAAUAAUUUAACGAAGCAUAAAUAUAUUCAUUUUUCUUGUGAAGUUUGUAAGGAAAAAUUUCCUUCAUUAAAAAAUUUAACUGAACAUAAACAUACUCAUAUCAAAGAAAAAUCUCAAAAGAUUUAA